AUGGAUAUACAACAAAAAGGCCAUGGAAACUUUGACGUCGAUCUUUCCUCAGUCAAUUCGGGUUAUAUCCAACCACCUGAUUACUAUCCUCCAAUAUUUCCUGACGUAGCAAAAUAUAACUGGACUUUAACUACUAAAACUGACCAUACCAUUAUUAUCAACAUCGUUAAUUUUAAUUUGACAUCGCGAGUUGAUGGCGUUUGUGAAGAUUACCUGCGGUUCUCUUCGAAUUUAGAUGGGUCAGAGCCAACGGUCGAAGAAUAUUGUGGCACUAUCCAUCCAAAAUAUAUUCAUCAUCACAGUCGAAAUUUAUUUAUUGAGUUUCGAAAUACUCGUCUUCGUUCAAAUAGUGGUUCUUCAACAUUUCGAUUGGGUUAUUCAUUAUGUGCGUAA